GACACCCUAAACACAACCUACAGAUAUUUAUAUUGAUACUAAGACUAUGGACGCUAAAAUUGGUACGUGUUGGCGCUGUGGUAAUGCGGAAAGAGUCACGUGCACUCGUUGUCACAUGGCGAAGUAUUGCAGUAAGGCCUGUUUGUAUGAUGAUAAGUUUAGACAUAAGGUCGAAUGUGAUGGUGCAUUGAAAAUUCGGAAAUGCGACUCUUGUCAGAAGCCAUCCUCUAAAGUUAAGCAAUGCUCUUCAUGUCUACAAAAAUGGUACUGUGGAAGUGAAUGCCAAAAAAUGGCAUGGCCGUCACAUCGAGAUGAAUGUCGCAUUGCACAGAAUGAUAUUAUCAACAUAGCAGAAAUGCUGAAACGGGCACAUUGGCGAAGAAAUGUCUCAGAUGGACCACCAUCCCCUGUGGGGUUGUUCUAUUGGGGAAACACACCAGCUGUGGAUUUGUUGAAUCUGAAGCACAACGAAUGGAGAGGCGAUGACCGACAAGACCGGUUUAACCUUCUACUCUGUGCUGUUGGGGACCUUAGAUAUGUAUUGAAGACGUCAGUCUCUCUUCCUGAUGAAUUUAGUGGCCAGGUAGACUUUUACCUGAGCGAUAUCAAUCCACAUAUACAAGCCCGGAAUGUAUUAAUUCUCUAUCUGUUGUUCACCUGUGACAACGUCAUUAGCAUGGCAGACAUGAUAGUCCAAAUAUGGUACUCAGUGUGUCUUACACAAUCAUGCUGGAAGAUGCUGGAAUCACGCUUAGAAGAGUUGUUUAACAGUGAUGCAGAAAGGAUAUCCAGAAUAACUGAUGGGAAGCUAGUCUUUUCUAAUGCAAAUAUGGACGCCUUGAAGGAAGUCUGGCAAGCAUGGUUGACCGUCGGUAGAACUGGGGGGCCGAAAUUACACAUUGCAAAGCAGAGGGAGAUGUUGCUACUGAAAGAACAGGGUGGGUGGAUGAAUUACAUCAAUGGAGUGCCAAUGCACCAUCGUCUCUCUCUAGAUGAAUGGUGGAAAAGUGGAAUUCUACUGUCAUGCACAAAUCCACAACUAGUGAAGGCCAAGAUACAAAAUGUUACAUUUCUGCGAUACAACAAACAUGGACACAUGAAUGCAUCAAAACCUGCUAGACUCAGUGCUGGCUCUGCUGACUUACCUUCUCAUUGGCCAGCUGCCUUAAGGCGUGAACCAAUGGUAUAUGCAAUACGGACAGAUGGAUUUCCAUUUCUCAGCUGGGAUUACGUUGAUGCCAGGUCCUACUGUGAUGUUCCUUCACUAAUUACUAUGUAUAACAACUACAUAUCACACGUUAUCGAAGAGUUUGGUAUCAAACUGAAGAAGGGGUUGUUGUCUUUCCACGUCUUCCUAGGCGAUUGUUUUGAACUCAAUAAUGAGAUUCAACCUAACAUCAAAUUUGAUCGCAUAUCUACAUCUAACAUAGCUGACUACUAUGGACUCCCUGUAGUUCUCGACUUCACUAAAGGCUUACUCAACACGAACAAUCCAAAUUCUCUAAUUAUUACAGAAUUGAUGAACUGGACUAUAAUCAAUAACUCCUCUACUAACAAUGCAGAUAUUUCAGGUAUUAUCCAGGACACAGGCGUGCCCGAACAGGACAGAGGUUUUUAUCUAGCACAGAGAACUUUCGACUGUUAUGAAGACAAUAAUGAUAUAUUUAUAAAGUACUUAAGAGCUGAUUUCAUGAUUCACAAAGUCAACAAGUCAAAUGACCAAGUUGCAAAGCGCAAAGCAAUCUCCAAGUAUCAUUCAGAUGUUAUGAAAUAUGGGACAAAGAGUGGAAAGAAUUGUAUACUCCUAUCACAGUUACAAUAUAAUCAAAGCUUCAGGAAUCCCAAUGGAAACUAA